CACGUUGACGGGAACAGCGCGUCUUACUGAAAGCCACGGACUGUGUCUUAUCUCUGCUUGAAUUUGAUGCGCGUCUGUCGACUUUUUCCCGUCGCGAUAUUCCGCAGAUUUGUGUCCAGGGUCGUGUGUGUUUCCAACAUGGGGAAAAGAAGCAGGCAGAGGCAGAAAAACCAGAAUACUGGCAGGGACGACAGAGACAACGCUGGCUGGGGAGCUGGAUACGCUGACAUUGUCAAGGAAAACAAGCUAUUUGAGCACUAUUACAAGGAGCAGGGCCUGGUGCCCGAUGGAGAGUUUGAAGAGUUCAUGGAGGCGAUGAGGGAACCGCUGCCGGCAACCAUCCGUAUUACUGGGUACAAGAGCCAUGCCAAGGAGAUUCUCCACUGUCUGAAGGAGAAGUACUUCAAAGAUAUUCAGGAGCUGGAAGUGGAUGGUCAGAAAAUUGAGGCUCCACAGCCUCUAAGCUGGUACCCCGAUGAGCAGGCGUGGCACACUAACAUGAGCAGGAAGAUCAUCAGGAAGUCUCCCCUGCUGGAGAAGUUUCACCAGUUUCUGGUCAGCGAGACUGAAUCUGGAAACAUCAGCCGCCAAGAAGCUGUCAGCAUGAUCCCUCCUCUUCUCAUGAAGAUCGAAUCCCAUCACAAGAUUCUGGACAUGUGUGCAGCUCCAGGUUCAAAAACUGCCCAGCUGAUUGAGAUGCUGCACGCCGAUAUGGACGUACCGUUUCCUGAGGGCUUCGUCAUCGCCAAUGACGUGGACAACAAGCGCUGCUACCUGCUGGUGCACCAGGCCAAGCGCCUCAACAGCCCCUGCAUCAUGGUGGUCAACCACGACGCCUCCUGCAUCCCCACGCUCCAGAUCGAGUCGGACGGCAGGAAGAACGUCCUCUUCUACGACCGCAUCCUUUGCGACGUGCCCUGCAGCGGGGAUGGCACCAUGAGGAAGAACAUAGAUGUGUGGAAGAAAUGGACAACCAGCAACAGCCUGCACCUCCACGGGCUGCAGCUGCGUAUCGCCGUGCGCGGCGUGGAGCAGCUGGCCGUGGGAGGGAGGAUGGUCUAUUCCACCUGUUCACUCAACCCUGUGGAGGAUGAAGCCGUCAUCGCUGCGCUGCUGGAGAAGAGCGAAGGAGCCCUGGAGCUGGCCGACAGUUCGGCCGACCUGCCGGGCCUGAAGUGGAUGCCGGGAGUGACCUCCUGGAAGCUGAUGACCAAAGAAGGCCAGUGGUACUCGGACUGGUCCGAGGUGCCGAGCAGCCGUCACACGCAGAUCCGCCCCACCAUGUUCCCCCCGACAGACAAGGACAAACUGGCAGGCAUGCAUCUGGAGCGAUGCAUGAGGAUUCUGCCCCAUCACCAGAACACUGGGGGUUUCUUUGUGGCUGUGCUGGUGAAGAAAGCCCCGAUGCCCUGGAACAAAAGAUAUCCCAAGCUGAGGAAGGAGGCCUCCUCCAGCUCGGCCUCCCCGGCGGAUCCAUCCGGCCUCCUCCUUCCUGAAGGUUCCCCGCAGGAGGGGGAGGCCGAGAAGGAGGCGCCCACGGGAGACCCGUCGGCCCAGGAAGCCGGUGCCAACCAGGACGGCGUGUGCGGACCUCCGCCCUCCAAGAAGAUGAAGCUGUUUGGCUACAAGGAGAACCCCUUCGUGUUCCUGACCGAAGACGACCCCGUCUUCACCACCAUCCAGUCUUUCUACGACCUGUCCCCCGACUUCCCCAAGCUCAACGUCCUGACCCGGACCCACGAGGGCAAGAAGAGACACCUGUACAUGGUGUCCAAGGAGCUCCGCAACGUGCUGCUCAACAACACGGAGCGAAUGAAGGUCAUCAACACCGGGGUGAAAGUUUGGUCGCGCAACAGUGAUGGAGAGGAGUUCGGCUGUGCCUUCAGACUGGCCCAGGAAGGUAUCUACACUCUGCAGCCGUACAUCCACUCCAGGAUCAUCACAGUGAGUGUGGAGGACAUCAAAGUGCUGCUGACGCAGGAGAACCCCUACCUCAGCAAACUGGAGGAAGACGCUCACGCUCAGGCCAAGAAAAUAGGAAUGGGCAGCAUCGUGUUGAAGUACAUUCCUAACCCAAACAACCCGGCCGAGCCGCAGUGUCCCAUCCAGCUGUGCGGCUGGAGGGGGAAGACGUCCAUCCGAGCCUUCGUGCCUCGAAACGAGAGGUUCCACUACCUCCGGAUGCUGGGCGUGGAGGUCUUCAGGGACAAGCAGGGCGUGGGCCAGAAGCGGAGGGAUGGAGAUAAGGAGGGGGAGGGGGAGGAGGCAAAGGAGGAGGAGGAAGGAGCAGCAGCAGAAAACGAAGCGGAGCUGGACUUGGAGAACGGAGGAGAGAACGGAUCAGAAUCAAAGACUGCCAGCAGCAACCAAGAGACGAGUCGCUGAGGAGGCAGCGAGAGGAGAUGAUGGAACGACGAGCUCCAAGAGCCGAUCAGGCCGAGGCGGCAGAGGAGGCCGACGAGCCUCGACGGGUUCCCCACACUGCCCCCUGCAGGAGGACGCCCCGCCACACACAGACUUUUUCCAACAAUCUGCUUUUUGUUUAUUUUUAGUUGAAGUUUUAAAAGCUUGUCUUAUUUUAUAAAACUUUUCAGUGUUUUAAAGAAAGUUGUAUCUCACCGGACGAGCGGCGUCGUUUUCCUUUCAGUUGCUCCCGUUUGGAGAGGUUUGGAUUAAUGGCAGCCUGAUUUUGUACACCUGCAAUUAAAUUGAAGCGUUGAGUCGAUUAAAGGUGUGAAAGGUC